AUGUGUCCGGUUGCUACCAUUGGGAAUCCAAAAGCUAAUGACUUUCAUGAUGGCUCUGUCGAGGCAGCCGUGAAACUGCACCCUUACCUUGAAGAAGGCUUCUUCCUGACUCGCCUCAACCGCUUUGCCGCACUGGUGGAGGUGGCAGGACGGGAGGAAAUGGUGCACGUCGCCAAUUCCGGCCGCCUCCGGGAACUGUUCGUCACCGGGCGCCGGAUGCUCUUGGCCCCCGCUCCUGGCGAACACCGCAAGACCCGCUACGACCUGGCCCUGGUGGACUUGGGGCACACCCUCGUCUCCGCCGACGCCCGUCUGCCAAACACCCUGGUCGCGGAGGCCCUGCACGCAGGAGAUCUACCACCCUACGCCGAAUAUCCGGAAGUGCGUCGGGAGGUAACCUGCGGCGACAGCCGGCUGGACCUGAUGCUGGAGGGGCCAACGGGCAAGUGCUACCUGGAAACCAAGUCGGUAACCCUGGUGGAGGACAACGGCAUGGCCCUGUUUCCCGAUGCGCCCACUACCCGGGGAGUGAAGCACCUGCACACCCUGAUACAGGUCGCCGCCGGGGGGCACCGGGCCGGCGCCAUCUUCGUGGUUCAGCGCAGUGACGCCCGUUUCCUUGUACCCCACGAUGACGCCGAUCCCGAGUUUGGCAGGGCCUUGCGCGAAGCCAGGGCCGCGGGCGUGGAGGUCCGCGCCUAUAGUUGCGCGGUCACACCCGAGGAAAUUCGGUUGGCUGAACCAAUACCGGUUAACUUGUGA